AUGUUUAGAAAAGAGAACAAACGAAAGGGCGUUUCUCGUUCGCCUGAAGAAUGGCUUAAAUAUGCCAAUGCACGAUUCAAUGAAUAUAAUGUUCUACAACCAUGGGAGGAUGCAAAAAAGAAAGAAAAGGAAAAGGAAGAUGAGAAGAAACCAAGCCAUACUAACGUAAAUGACAAGAAACUAAAUUCGAAAGCGGUACUUCGAAAGCCAGUUUCUCCGGAAGUACUCGCUUCCACAGGAUCGAACAAUCAGCUAGAAUGCAAAGAGAAGCAGUCCUCAAAAGGAGAACCUAAGAAGUCACUACUUUAUGGAAUUAAUCGAAAUCUGGCUACUUUUACCUUCAGCAGUUUGUUCAUGUUAACAUCAGCGGAUAUGAGUCAAUGGAAAUUAGUCACUACAGCGUUCGUUCUCGGAAUGGUUUUUGCAAAGUAUGGAUUCGUUAACAGCAAACAUACUUCUGAGGAAAACAGUCCAAAUAAAGAGAGUAGAGUCCUGAAUUUACCUACGGCAGAUGUGAAAAAUGAGCGAUAAGGGGGAAUCAUAGUAUUGUUGUCCAUUAGAAGAUCAGGUCUCUAUUUUGUGUUAUGUGCAAUAAAAAGGUCAUACUUUUACCCAGGGAAAACUGACGAAAAGGAGGCGUGAUAGUUGAUUGAAUUUGAACAAGUGGUACGAUACCGGCUCGACUACUUCAUCUUUCCAUAUACAGUGUCCACGUUUGUUUAGAGCAAACCAACUGCCUAAAGGUAACUUAGAUUCAGGAAAUCACUAUGACCAAAGUGAAUUCAAGUGUCAUUAAUUGUGAAAUAUGAAAAUUCCUUCUUGA